AGAGAGUUUUCCUAACACCAGAAGCUCCUGGCUCUUUGGUUUGCCUGCUGGAGUUUCUCCAAUUCUCAGAGGAGCUGUUUCCUUUCCGGACAGUGACUAAGAUCCCGAGAAGUUACCAUGAGGAUUGCAAUAAUUGGACAAAGCCUCUUUGGGCUAGAGGUUUACUCCCGGCUUCGGAAGGAAGGACAUGAAGUGGUGGGCGUGUUCACCAUUCCGGAUAAAGAUGGAAAAGCAGAUCCCCUUGCUUUGGAAGCUGAGAAGGAUAGCGUGUCAGUGUAUAAGUUUCCCCGAUGGAGAGUGAAAGGCCAGGCCAUCCCAGAAGUGGUGGAAAAAUACAGAUCUCUGGGGGCAGAGCUAAAUGUUCUGCCUUUCUGCAGCCAGUUCAUUCCCAUGGAAGUUAUCAAUGCACCCAAGCACGGAUCCAUCAUCUAUCACCCUUCCAUCCUCCCACGGCACAGGGGGGCAUCUGCCAUUAAUUGGACUCUGAUCCAUGGAGACCAUAAAGGAGGCUUUACUAUUUUUUGGGCAGAUGAUGGUUUGGACACAGGACCAAUCCUGCUGCAGAAGGAGUGUGAUGUCCUUCUCAAUGACACUGUGAACACACUCUAUAAAAGGUUCCUCUUUCCUGAAGGGGUGAACGGAAUGGUAGAAGCCGUGAGGUUGAUUGCUGAAGGUAAAGCCCCAAGAAUCCCUCAAAUGGAGGAGGGAGCUACCUAUGAAGGGAUUCAGAAAAAAGAAAAUGCCAAGAUCAACUGGGAUCAGCCAGCAGAAGCCAUCCAUAACUGGAUCCGGGGAAACGACAAGGUUCCUGGAGCCUGGACAGAAGUUGAUGGACAGAAGCUGACAUUCUUUGGCUCGACUCUUCUCAGUAAUGGCACUCAGCCACAAGGAAUCACCCUGGAAAUCCAAGGAGCCAGUAGGCCAGGUGUUGUCACCAAAACUGGUCUUGUGCUCUUCGGAAAUGACAGCCAAAUGCUGAUGGUGAAAAGCAUACAGUUUGAAGAUGGUAAAAUGAUCCCAGCAUCCCACUUCUUCAAAUCUCUGGAAAGUGCCACUCUGGAGCUGUCUGAGGAAGAAUUGGCCAUGUCACAGAAGAUACAGAAUGCUUGGCAAAGGAUUCUCCCAAAUGUAGCAGAGAUUGACGAUGACACAGACUUCUUCAAAUCUGGUGCUGCCUCUGUGGAUGUUGUGAGACUGGUGGAAGAAGUGAAGUUGACAUGUAAUGGCCUCGAGUUAGAGAAUGAAGAUGUGUACAUGGCCACUACCUUUGGAGACUUCAUCCAGAUGCUAGUGAGAAAACUGAGAGGGGAAGAUGGAGACAAGGAACAGAGCAUAGACUACGUUGAGAGGACCAUAAAUAAUCUCACCAUCCACAUGCCCCACCAGCUUUUCAUUAAAGGAGAGUUUGUAGAUGCCGAAGGAGAUAAAACCUAUGAAACGAUCAACCCAACUGAUGGAACAGCCAUCUGCAAGGUGUCACUGGCCCAGCUCACUGAUGUUGACCAUGCUGUAGCUGCAGCUAAAGAAGCCUUUGAGAAUGGAGUGUGGGGGAAAAUCAAUGCCAGGGAUCGUGGGAAACUCCUAUACAAGUUGGCUGACCUCAUGGAGAAGCACCAGGAAGAGCUGGCCACCAUCGAAUCUGUUGAUUCUGGAGCAGUGUACACCCUGGCAUUGAAGACUCAUGUGGGAAUGUCCAUCCAAACUUUUCGCUAUUUUGCUGGCUGGUGUGACAAAAUCCAGGGCUCCACCAUCCCAAUUAAUCAAGCCCGGCCAAACCACAACCUGACGUUGACUAAGAAAGAACCAAUUGGAGUCUGUGGCAUUGUUAUCCCCUGGAAUUAUCCCCUGAUGAUGCUAUCCUGGAAAACAGCAGCCUGUCUGGCUGCUGGAAACACAGUAGUUCUAAAGCCAGCUCAGGUGACUCCUCUCACUGCCUUGAAGUUUGCCGAGUUAACAGUGAAAGCCGGUUUUCCAAAGGGAGUGAUCAAUAUCCUUCCUGGGGCAGGUUCCCUAGUGGGGCAGAGGCUCUCUGAUCACCCAGAUGUGAGAAAAAUUGGGUUCACAGGAUCCACUGAGGUUGGUAAGCACAUCAUGAAGAGCUGUGCCCUGAAAAAUGUGAAAAAAGUUUCCCUGGAGCUGGGAGGAAAAUCUCCACUCAUCAUCUUUCGAGACUGCGACCUGAACAAGGCUGUGCAAAUGGGGAUGAGCUCAGUUUUCUUUAACAAAGGUGAAAACUGCAUCGCAGCUGGCCGGCUUUUCCUGGAAGAAUCCAUCCACGAUCAGUUUGUGCACAAAGUGGUAGAAGAGGUGAAGAAGAUCAAGAUUGGGGAUCCCUUGGACCGGACCACUGACCAUGGACCUCAGAAUCAUCAAGCCCACUUAAAUAAGCUGAUAGCAUACUGCCAAAUGGGGGUAAAGGAGGGGGCCACCCUGGUCUACGGAGGGAAGCAGGUUCCUCGACCAGGCUUUUUCUUCGAGCCAACUAUUUUCACCAAAGUGGAGGAUCACAUGUUCCUUGCCAAGGAAGAGUCCUUUGGGCCUAUUAUGAUCAUUUCCAGUUUUCCAGAUGGGGAUAUAGACAACGUCCUGCAGCGUGCCAAUGCCACAGAGUUUGGGCUGGCCUCGGGAGUCUUCACCCAGGAUAUUAACAAAGCCCUGUACGUCAGUGAGAAGCUCCAAGCAGGGACAGUGUUUGUCAACACUUACAACAAAACGGAUGUGGCUGCCCCAUUCGGAGGGUACAAGCAGUCUGGAUUCGGGAAAGACCUGGGUGAGGCAGCUCUGAAUGAAUACCUGAACACCAAGACAAUCACUAUUGAGUUUUGAAGAGAAAAGGUCAGCACUGUAUUACUGAAAGCAAAGAUCAGACCCAGCAUCAGUGCUCCAAAUGAGAAGAAAAGGGAAGUGGGGUUGUUUAUCAUUCAAUCAUUUCAUUUCUGUAAUUUAUGUUACUGCCUCUCCCUCUAGACUGUAAACUCCUGUGGGCAGGGAUCGUGUCUACCAACUCUAUUGCACUGUACUUCCCCAAGCACUUAGUACUCUGCCCACAGUAAACCUCAAUAAAUACCAUUAAUUGAUUGAUUAAUCCUGAAAAGAAACAGCAUCAUGUGCCACCUCAUCCCACCCUAUUUUAAAGCCAGCCUGAAAUGUAUCUACGGUAAUUUGUUCAAAAUCCACUUUGCCCACCCCACUGAAUCCCCUACUUCCACUAGGGAUUUUUUGUGGCGCUCCUGAAAAGUCAGUGGACAUGCACCAGAAACCCACCCAAAACAGAAUUACUGGGACCUUGGUUCAGUUUCUGCUAGAGAAAUGCCAUUCAUAUUUGCCUAGGCCUCCUCCCAAUCCCUUCAAUCUUACUGUUAAUCAUCUGACCUGAAAAAAUACUUCCUGUCCUCUUGGUAUGGAUAGAAAAAUAAACAAGCUUUUUUCCUCACCA